CUCCCAUGCAACUCCUCUGACGACGAUGAGUAGAAUGGACAGCCGCCUACUUAGCCUUGCCAAAUUUCAUAUCUUCUGUACUCUAUCACUAGCUGCAAUCAUCUUCAUCAUCUAUGCCGAUAGCAUCAUCUAUAAUGACUCCGAAAAAUCGGUUGAGUUGAAUGAUAAAGCUCCUUCUCCAGUGCCGCUGCAGACUCAUAGUUCUGCUGGCCAUUUGAUCAAGUCUGAUAUAAAUCGCAUAGCCCUGCGUUCCAUGCAGGAAGAGACCCUUGAGGUUGGUAGAGAAAGUCCUCUUGUUCCUCCUUUCAAUGCCACAGAAGAGGAAAGAAUCGCUUGGUUUCGGAGCAAGCUACCCGAAUUUGAGAUUUUCAAAUCAGACAAGUUUGCAAGGCAAUUCCACAGUCGUGUUCUGGAAUUCUUUAACAACAAGUGUGAGGGGCAGUUCUUUAUGACAUGGAUUUCACCAGUGAGGUCCUUUGGAAGCAGAGAGUUUUUGUCCAUGGAGAGUCUUUUCAGAGCCCACCCUCGUGGAUGCUUGAUGAUUCUCUCGAGAACUAUGGACUCCCGACGUGGUUACAGAAUUCUGAAACCGCUGCAGGAUCGCGGGUUCAAGGUUCAUGCAGUGACACCAGACUUAUCAUUUCUGUUCAAGAACACCCCAGCUGAAGCCUGGUUUGCUGAAAUGAAGGGAGGCAAAAAAGACCCUGGUGAGAUCCCAUUAGCCCAGAAUCUGUCUAAUUUGAUGAGGCUUGCAAUUCUAUACAAGUAUGGAGGUGUUUACUUAGACACAGAUUUCAUAGUUUUGAAUUCAUUCUUGGGGUUGAGAAACUCAAUCGGUGCACAAAGUGUGGAUGUGGCAUCUAAAAACUGGACUAGGCUAAAUAAUGCAGUUCUGGUGUUUGAUAUGAAUCAUCCCCUUCUGUACAAAUUCAUGGAGGAAUUUGCCUUGGCUUUUGAUGGGAAUAAAUGGGGGCACAAUGGUCCCUACCUGGUGUCCAGAGUGGUCCAGAGGGUGCAAAACCGACCAGGUUACAACUUAACAAUUCUACCCCCUAUCGCCUUUUACUCUGUCGAUUGGAAGAGGAUUGGGGGGCUGUUUAAGAAGCCAGGAAGCCAAGCUCAUUAUCGAUGGGUAAAAGCAAAGCUGCUUCAGCUCAGCAGGGAGACUUAUGGGGUACACUUGUGGAACAAGCAAAGUAGCCGAGUCGCGAUCGAAGAAGGAAGCAUUAUGCAGAGAUUAAUCUCCGAUCAUUGUGUCAUUUGCAGUGACAUAUACAGUUCUGAAAGAAUUUUCUCAAACGAAUAAAUGGUGAAGCAUCUUCAACCAACCAACUGUGGCGAAGCCGCAGACUGGAAAUCGAUACAAGCCUCCUAUUUGUUAGCAUACUCUUGCAGGAAUUAGCUACGAUUCAAGAGCUAUGGAAUUCCCUUUCUUUUCUUUUUUCAUUCUUUUUUUCCAUUCAUAUAAAGUUCAAUUUGUCUUUUUCACUUUCAUUUUGAAUCUUCUGCCCCAGUGUAAGUAAGAUCAUCAUUUCAUUGUAAAUCCAAGAUUCUGUAAACGAGUUGUGGCAGACAUUCCCUGUCUCAAUAUGUUAAUAGAAGCUAACCCUUUUUUAUUUUUUGAUAUAAAUAAACAAAUGAGGUUUUCCUGUAUUACAAGUUUGCAGACAAAUACUAAU